GAAGGAGCCGUUGCAGAGCGCGCGGAGUUUACUCGCGGUUUACAGGGAGUUUCUCUGUCAGCAGUCCGUCAGCUGGAGAUGGAUAAGCCAGCAUCAGUUAACAUCAGCUCGGGGAACAGCUCCGUGGACAGACGCUCGUUCCUGGAGAGAAGCGGAUACCAGCACCUGGACCCCGGAGAGCUGCGGGUGCUGAUCCCUGUGCUACUGGGGGUCAUCUGUGUUCUGGGCUUCAGCGGGAACUUGACGGCCAUUGGUGUCCUGAUCACCAACGCACGCAAGAGUAAACUUUCCCUAAUCAACGCGCUCAUCUUGAACCUGAUGAUGGCCGACGGUCUGGUGCUGGCGUUCACAGUGCCCUUCAGAGCGGCAGCGUACUCGCGGGCCAGCUGGACCCUGGGGCUGUUCAUCUGCAAGACCUGCGACUGGUUCCUGCACUCCUGCAUGGCCGCCAAGAGCUUCACCGUCGCCAUCAUGGCUAAAGCCUGCUACAGGUAUGUCAGCAACCCUACCAAACAGGUGAGCAUCCGCAUGAAGACCGUCCUGGUGGUGCUGAUGCUGGCAUGGCUGUUAGCCUGUGUGUUGCCCCUUCCGCAUUGGCUCUUCUCCAAACUCCAGAAGGAACCCAAUGGGAUGGUGUGUGUUCAGGUGGUGCCACUCCAUGCCCGUAAUUUCAUGUCAAUAUAUGUAAAGGCGUACCCGCUCCUAGCCUUCUGUACGCCGCUAAGCGUCGCUCUUCUUUACUUCUGGAAGGCGUACGGGAGAUGCCAGAGGAGGUCUAGUAAGACGCAGAACCUGCGGACGCAGAUCCGAUCUCGAAAGUUAACACUAAUGCUGUUUAGCUUGACCGUAGCCAUGGCUAGCAUGUGGCUCCCGCAGUGGGUGUCGUGGGUGUGGAUGCGGCAUGCGGUGGAGACAGGCGGAGGGUUCCCUCCAGUGCUCUUCAGUCUGUCAGCACAGAUAUUAAUGUUCUCCAUCUCUCUAAUCAACCCGCUCAUCGUCCUGGCUCUCUCCGAGGAGUUCCGCGAGGGCUACAUCGAUUUAUGGCGGAGGCUCACUCUUCGCAAACCACCGAAGAAUAAGCCAGGACCGCACACCCCGACUGCCCCCAAAUCGCCCACUCCACGCCCCGAGACGGCCGACCUGCCUCCACAGCGGACAGAGCAGCCGGAGACCCCGCCGGACACCGCACCGCAGGACAGUCCCAACAAUAAAGAUGGAAUGGUUCUGCAGGACGUGGAGCAGUUCUGGCAGGAGCGGGAGACGGGCUCUCAGAACCAUGAGAACGACCCCGUCCCAUGGGAACACCAGGAGCCCAAAGGUGGAACACAGUAAGACUGUGGGAAUCAUUUCAGCAACAACACAACAGAGCAGACCUCAGCAGAACUCUGAACACUCGCACUGCGGCUACUAUCACGGACACUUUUGUAUUGUUUGUAUUAGGGCUGGGCGAUAUGACAAAAACUGCAUGAUCACGAUAACGAUAUACAUCACGAUAAUGAUAACGAUAUAUAUGACAAUAACGAUAUACAUGACGAUUUAUUGAAUUCAGUAAAUUCAAUCAAUGAG